CGCACACUCGCCAGCUGCGCGCAUAGCUUCCCUGGUACCGAAGACCCUCGUUGCUCAUAUUAUUCUUCCCUUCUUCCUGGUCAACUGCGCGCAAGCUUGCUUUUUGGGCGACAGACACGCCAUCCUUCACACCUCCCACGAAACCACCGAUUCCUCGUUCGAGCUGGCUAGGAGGUCGUUGGCGCCAUGGCAGGCCAGCAGCAGCAGAUCAUAGACACUAUCUUCUCUAUGAAGAGGAAGAUUCUGCGCGGAAGCGACUCGGACCUUGAAGAAGAAGAUUCGCCCUUCGUCGACUACAGACAAGACCUGAAGCGCAAAUCCCAGUAUGCGCGCGCCAGCGAUCCAGAUUUCCUUUCAGACCCUCGACCCUACAAGAAGCGCAUUGAACACGCUGGUUAUCGCAGGUACAUCCUGCAGCGCAAUCCCCCACGAUACGAUCCGGACGGCGACGUCGUUGAGCCCUCAGACGAGUACGAAGAUGAAGACGACCUCGAGGCGGUGGAGGAGAAUCCGUACGCAGACAUACGGUUGGAACGACUGCUGAGACCGUUGACGUCUGCCGCCGACUUACCAAAUCAUCGAUCCAUGAGUGUUCCGUACACGUCCAAACACCUGACCAAUCUGGCGAACGAAGCUGGCGCACUCUGGCGGAGAGAGCAGAUCACAAUCGCACGAGCAAAGCAAUUGUUCGUUAAGCUACAAGGCGAUUCGGACUUUGCGCCUGCAGCCCUGGCGGCUAUGGUGGAUGCGCCCCUCGGCAGCUCACGGUCGAAUGGUACAGCUCAACGAGCCUUGAAUGGUGACGCGCACCCGGCUUCGCGCAAUGAGGCGCAUGACACGUUAGACGGCGCCCAAGACCUUGAGAUGGAGGAUGCGGGACAAUCCAACGGUAUGGUGGAGGAUGAGGGCAAGGUUGCGGCAGGCGCAGAGACUGUGAAUGGCACAGGUCCUACGACCAACAGCACAGUGCACGAAGCAGACAUGGACCAGACACAAGACAAGGACGAGGGGCUACAUUCUCCAGCCGGCGACGACGCCUCUGACGACACCUCACAAGCUGCGCACCGCAUGACCACGCGCGCCCGAGCUCAAGCAGCAUCGACCCCUUCCCCGCCACACUCACCCUCAAGUCUUGCUGGCCAGAUCCACCCGCUCUUCCUCUUCUCCGCCGACUCGCUUCCCGACCGCGACUUUGGCCUGCCACUGAACGAGGCCGAGGAAACGCGCAUGCUGCUCAUGGCGUACGUACAAAAGCAGGAAGAGGUCGCUCGAGCCACUUCAGACUUGUACCAAGGCUUGAUGCAGGCAGACCGUAUGCGGCAGGAUGUUUUCAAAUGGUGCAAAGCUGAGGCACACAUCGGCGAGAUGAGCGAUGGCGAAGAUUGGUGCGACAAUGACGAGUGGGGGCUGGAGCAUGACUUGAUCAAAGGCCGAGACGAAGAGGAGGAUGAGACCGCAAACACAGGAAAGAAGAUUUGUCGAAACCCGGACGACGUGGUUGUGGCUGGCCUCAACCCGUCAGAAGACUACAAGACAAGCGUGCUGAGCGGCCUCAGUCCGACCAUCAUCAUGGAGUGUGCGAGUCGUAGUUUGGCUUUCCACAGCUACCAGACGUCCCAGGAGAUCAUCUAUCAAGAGCACCUCGCGAAGGGCCUUACUGAGAAGUACAACGUGCUGAGCCAGCAGAUGGACCAGCUCAUCCGCGAUGCCAACUCUCAGAUCAAAGUCCUGCAGGACAAGGUGCAAGCUCAGCAGGCUGACCAGAUCGACCUCGAGAACAAGAACAACGAACUCAGUGAAGCGUACAAAGAGAAGGCCAGAGCGCUAGGACGUACUCAAAAAAUGUACAAUUCGCUAAAGCAGCAAGUGAUGGUGUCUCAGGUUGCUGUAGCAGCAGGAGACGAGGCAGAACUGACCCUUCAAACCGCUCGAGGCAACCGCUUCAUCGAUCGAAUGCCGGGCGCGAGAACCGGCACGGGCGUGUACAGUCAUCCAGGUGCUGUUCAACAGCCAGGAGGAAGCAGGCUACACAACAGGCAAGGCAGUGGAAGCUCCGGCAGCAGUGGGCAGCAGCGAGGCGGUGUUGGUAUUGGUCCUGCACCUACCUACGCUUCGCGUUUGCAGGGACGUGGCGCGAACGCUCGAGUUCACACCGGUCAAUCCGCGCCUGUCGGCACGCCACGGCAAAGCCGCCUUCCAGUCCUUGGUGGAACACGUCAAGCUCCUGUACUCAAUGUAAACGUAGGGCCGCCAUACCAGGCCUCACCUAUGCUGCAGCGACAGUCAAUGGGAGAGAAUGGGCUGAACAGAGGCUUCGGAAACUCCAUGCUAGGUGGACCGAAGGCAUCGAGAAGGAGUGGUGGUCCGUUGCAGAGAUGAAGAGUGAUGCCCAAGGAGAGAUGUUGAGGCAGAACUGUGCGAGAAACAUACGUAGUAAGCAG